AUGCCGUGGUCAAUUAAGUUGUUUACUUUGUCACAAAUCACAUAUGCCCCUAAUGUGCAAAGAACUUUCGAUUGGCAAGUGAAAAAUGGAGAGGAAAAUAAGAUAGAGUAUGGAAAUAUAAUUGAUGAUAUAAUUGAAAAUAUAAUUGAAGAAAUGGUCGAGGAACAGCCAAACCCAGACUAUUUAUUCCACAGGUCGGUAAUUAAGUCAAAUAGCGCAUCUAAAAAAAUCAGACCAGUCUUUGAUGCUUCAACUAGAGAAAAAGACAAAUCUGCUUUAAAUCAGUGCCUUGAAAAGGGGGUUAACUUAAAUGAAUUGAUUUCUCCUAUUUUAUUAAGAUUCAGACGACAAGAAAUCGGUGUAAUCUCAGAUAUUCGCAAAGCCUUUUUACAAAUUGAGAUACACAAAACUGACAGAGAUUUUCUUCGUUUUCUUUGGAUAGAUAAUGCAGGGAAAGAAAAGGUGUACCGCCACUGUCGUGUGGUAUUCGGGAUCAGCAGUAGUCCAUUUUUGUUAGAAUAUUCACUGGAACAUCAUUUUUCCAUGCUGUUAAGAAGAUGUGCGGCAAACUGCUGA